AAUUUUUCGCCGCACUGUCAUUCCCACGUGCUCGGAAGAAAGAAAACAACUUCUGUAUUUUUGCAAUUUUCUCAAGAUUUUAGUGAUUUUCCUCGUGAUUUUAAGUACAGAAAAUCUCAGGAUGGAAGUGGAAGAAGUGAAUAUCAGCACAGAAGUAAAUUUGCCGAAGAAACCCGCCAAGAAAAGGCAUCAUAGCGAUGCAAUGGAAGUGGAUAAAGUUUCUGGGAUUGAAGGGGCUGCUAAAUCAGCUGUUUCAGGCAGGAAGCGCCCCAAAUCCAAUGUAGACCAGAGGAAAAUACUCGUCCCUGUGAGAAGGUUGGGAGCUCUCAAAGAGAACUGGCUGAAGAUUGUGAAUCCCCUGACGGAAAAUCUGAGUCUCCAGGUGAGAUUCAAUCUCAAGAGUCGUCAGGUGGAAAUGCGACUUGGUCCACAGACUCCAGAUGUCGCAAAUCUGCAAAAAGGUGCAGAUUUUGUCAAGGCCUUUGUAUACGGAUUCGAAGUGGACGAUGCUCUGGCUCUCCUGCGUCUCGAUGAUCUCUUCGUGGAGACAUUCGAUGUGAUGGACGUGAAGACUCUGCGUGGGGAUCACAAAAGCAGAGCUAUAGGUCGUCUGGCGGGAAAAGGGGGCCGGACAAAGUUCACAAUUGAGAAUACAACAAAGACGAGAAUUGUCCUGGCUGACAGCAAAGUUCACAUCCUGGGCAGCUUUCAGAACAUCCAAUUGGCCAGGAGAGCCAUCUGCAAUCUCAUCAUUGGCUCCCCACCAAACAAAGUCUACGGGAAUCUGAGAUCAGUUGCUGGGAGGAUUUCUGAGAGACUUUGAAGUUAAAUAAAAAUUAUUAAAAAAAAUAAA